AUCGCAAGAAUUUUGAAAAUUCCCGGACAUUCUUGUGAUGACCGUGGGUACAUUUUUGUGUAACAUUGUAACAAUGUGGUUGAUUAUGAAAACUACGAGUGUUGCAAGUGUUAAAACCAAGAAAACCAUUUCUUGUGAAAAUUUUAAUUCAGAACUUACGGCUGGCGAGAACUGGAUUUUAGAAAAUUCAAAACAUGUUCCAGUGGGGUCCGUAAUUGAUGAUAGAUGGACAGGUUUUGAGAUUUUUCACACUAGUUAUCAACGCUUCGAAAAUAUAACUUCUGCGUCAGUAUCUAUAAAUUGUGCAGUUGUACUGGAUGUGGAAUUUUUUGCUGAUGACGGAGAAAGCUUAGACUAUUAUAAAGUACGUUGUUUCAACCAUACAGGCACAUGGCAAAAUUUUUCUGUAGUAGUCAUACAUGAAAGAAUUUAUUAUACGCACAAUAAUCAAUUAAUGCGCACUAAGGCAGAUCUGACUCCCAUUCAAAUCGUUAUUAAGACUUCACAAACCACGGAAUGGAAAAUACAAAAUUAUGAGGUAUUGUGGGCCAACAACAAUACGAAUAAUCUUUGGCCUCUGAAAAUUCCAGAACAAGAAGAAUGGAACUCAUUAGCCGUAUACAGUUUUCUCUGCAAAGAAUGCAUCUUACAUGUGUUUUAUGGUAACAAGUCAAUUAAUAUCACAGGUGCUAACAACGAAACUUUUCUUUGGAGCCAGUCAUGGAAACAGAAUGAAAUUACGUUAAAUAAUUCGAAAUCUGCAAAAAUCAACUUUAUGAUAUCUGUGAAUAAUUCGCUUACAAACUUGAUGAAUGACAACAAAUUUUGGGGUCUUGAUAUACAUUUGUGCAAAAUCAAAAACGAUUACAAACAGCAAAUAAAUGGUCCCGCACAACGCGUUUCACCCAUAUACACUAUCCAAGUUUGCAUUGGAAUUUUGGUACUGUCUGUUUUUUGAAGUCUUUUAAGAAUUUUUGAAUCGAACGUGUCGGCGACUACCUGAAUAUUUAAAACGUUUUGUUCUCCCCGAGUGUAACCUGAAACAGAGACUACCAACGUUUUUGCGACGUUUCACGAUGCUGAAGUAUGAAAAAAUAAGUCUUCCUUUUCCGUCUACCUGUCUCGAAUUUUAUUAGACACAUAAUUUCCGAAACUACUAGACCGAUUGUUGUCAAUUGUUGUAUGUAUGUUAGAAAACAGAGACGUUCUGAAUUACACUAAUACAAAGGUAGCUUACCUUUAUGAAUGAUUGAAAGAUGGCAAAAUUAUGAAAGAAUUGAAUACAGUUUAUUCACAUUUAUUCUAUGGAAUCUUGUCAAGUCCAAAGGAUUAGGUACUGCCAAUAUCAUCAGUUUUCAUAAGUACCUUCGAUGAAAAAGUUAAUUUAAUUACGUUGGAAACACCAAACUUGUAGUUAAUAUAUUGAAAACUACUCUGGAACCACGCUAGGAUGAAUGUGAAUAAAACAAUAUGUGGAAGUCUGUCUGUCUAUAUGUCGUCAUCGCUUGUCUGUGUUGAUCUUUAAACAGCAUUUUACAAUUUAACUUUGAAACUACAGAGUUGCAGAAUCUUGCAAACGUGUCGAGGUAAGCAUAAUAAAUCGUUAAUCUAAAUUUAUCCAUUGAUGACCUUAUCACAGACUUUUGCAACGGAAAAACUCACUUUAAACAAACGCAUAGCAUGCUUCUAUACAUUUACUUUAACAUUACAUGCAGAUGUUUAUUUUA